ACUUCUACAAGAGCAAAUCUAAGAAUGGUAAAAUCAGGACCUACCCUCCUGGCUCCUCUUAUAUGGCCUCUAGGUCAUGUUUCUGCUGCUAUAAGGAAGGAUGAGAAUGAAAAACCUGAAAAGCCCUAUGUGAAUCCUUUGAUGGAUAUUUCUGGUCACUGUAUGGCCUUCCUUGCAUCAGCCAGGUCUUGGAUGAUGGCUUAUGCCUGUAUGUACUAUCUACCUGAGAAAUGUGGACUUGAAGCUUAUCCUGGUUUUGGUCCUGGCAGGGUAUACAGUCUAGACUGGGUUUCCCAUAUAUUAAUCAGGAAUAUUGUUGGAACCUGGAUAAUCUGUGGAUUCUGGGAUUGGUUUCUCUAUUUCUCCCCCCUCAAGGAUAAACUGCAUAAAUAUAAGAUGAACCCAGUCUACCCUUCGAUGCAGCAAAUAAAACACGACGCAUUCUGGACCACAACCGCCAGCUUGUGUGGAAGUCUGAUUGAAAUUAUUCUUUGUCAUCAUUGGGCUCUCGGUACCAUGAAAAUACAGAAUAGUUUAUCGGUCUCACCUAUUCUAACAUUCAUCCUUGCUCUUACUGUAACUCACUACCGUAUCCCACAUUUCUAUUUAGUGCACAGAAUGAUGCAUCCUUGGAAGACGACAACUGUUCCAGACUUUGGUAAAUUUUUGUACAAAAAGGUUCAUUCUCUUCAUCACAAGUCCUACAAUCCGACUGCAUGGAGUGGUACCAAUAUGCAUCCUGUAGAAGCUACAUUGUACUAUUCAGCAGUACUUAUACCUGUUGCCCUGUCUCUUCACCCAGUUCAUGCUUUAGCUGUUCUCAUAGAUUGUGGAGUUGGUGCUUGGUUAGGACAUGAUGGUUUCCAGUGGCCUGGAAGUGGAGAUUAUUUCCAUCUUCUCCAUCAUGCUCAUUUUGAUUGCAACUAUGGAGCUAUGCAUGUUCCUCUUGAUCUGCUUUUUGGAACAUUUGCAGGAUCUAAAGAAGAGGUGAAGCAGAUCUGGUCAAAUAAACCAUCUGGAGAAGAGAAUAAUACAACACCUGUUCAUGCUGCCAGCAAACAGGCAGAUAAGGUCAUGUGACCUACUAGAAAAGUUUAAGGUCAUAUGACCUAUUAGACAAAUAUAAGGUCAUGUGACUUACUAGACAAAUAUAAGGUCAUGUGACCUACUAGACAAAUAUCUGGUCAUGUUGCAUACUAGACAAAUGUAAGGUCUUGUGACCUGCUAGACAAAUAUAAGGUCAUGUGAGUGUGACCCACAAGGCAAAUAGAAGGUCAUGUGACAAACUGAACAGUUAUGAGAUCAUGUCACCAUGUCAUCUACUUGAAACUAUUAUGAAAAAAGAUAAAUUGACUGAAUCAUAAUUUUUGUUUUGUCUUUUAAAUGUUAAAUAAAAUGUUUAAAACUG